AGAACACAACUCUUGUUCUCCUGCUUAUUUUUCCUUUCCCUCUCCUUUUUAUUGCCAGUGUCCUUUCUUCUUCUUCCGAUUCGUUCCGCCGGAGCUAAGUUGUUCAGUAACUCGCCGGAUUCCGCCCCUGACUCUUGCUAGCUCGCUCCCCCGGCGCCAUCUCCGAUUGACGAGAAAAUGGCCGAGGGAGAUGAGGAGAUGCCGAGAGAUGCAAAGAUAGUGAAGUCGCUGCUGAAAUCAAUGGGAGUUGAGGACUACGAGCCCCGUGUUAUCCACCAGUUUCUGGAGCUGUGGUAUCGUUACGUCGUCGAUGUGUUGACGGAUGCUCAGGUUUACUCGGAGCAUGCUGGGAAAGCUGCGAUCGACACUGAUGAUGUCAAGCUUGCUGUUCAGUCCAAAGUCAACUUCAGCUUCUCACAACCCCCACCAAGAGAGGUUUUGCUGGAGUUGGCAAGGAAUAGAAACAAGGUCCCAUUGCCCAAGACUGCCCCAGGUCCCGGCGUUCCUCUCCCACCUGAGCAGGACACACUGAUCAGCUCCAACUAUCAAUUAGCUUUCCCGAAGAGACAGCUUCCGCAAGUAGAAGAGACGGACGAAGAUGAAGAAAUGCCUGAUCAGAAUCCUUCUUCGCAGGAACCAAGUACUGGUGCGCCUCAGCAACAGCAAACCCCUCAACGAGUCUCAUUCCCUCUUACCAAACUAACCAAGUGAUAGACAGGGUAGGAUAGUAAAGAUCUUGUUCGCGAUCAAUCCUGUGCCUGUACUCACAGUUGUAAGUUGUAAGAUACAGGCUAGAGCCUUGAGACUUAUGCUUACUACAUUAAGCGAUUUGUAACUAGACGGGCGCUUCUUUCCAGUUCUAGACUGUUUAGAUUCUUAUUCUUACCCUUGAAUGUUCAGUGUUGUGAGUGUUACAGAUAAAGAGCAACUGCUGUUAACAAAUCAGUUAGUUUGGUUAGCAUUCUGUUACUACUGUAACUCAAUCG